CAGACAGGUGGAUUUAUACUAAAGGUGGCUGGUGAAAAUAGCCGCCUACAACAUUCCUGCUUCUAUUGACCAAAUCUAGAACAAAAAUCAUGACUAUUCUUAUCAAGUUCUAGUUAUUAGUAGACUGCUUAGCCAUCUCGGCGCAAACAACAUUCAGGAAUAUUUCGACAAGAAAGGAGUUUUAUUGCGUAUUGUGGUAGACAACUAGGACGGCACAGACGCCGUGUUUCCUUCGGCGACAGAGGCGAGGGUUACCGAGGAAAUGGCUGGGUCAGGUCGGUUCGCCGCCGCCAUCUUCUUGAGCUGUCUUCUUCUGGCACUCUUGCAAGACGUACAGGGCCAAACUCCUAAAGUCUCAUCAAUCGGCAGUCAUCAAGGCAGUCGGGCAGGAGAGACCCAAAUCUACAUCUAUGGUGAAGGAUUUUCUAAGAACCAGUUUAACUACGGCGCGGGAAACGAGGAUGCCGGGAACAAAGUCCGACUGGAGCACGACUCGGGAACGUUUUCCGUAGACUGUAAAGUGGAAGCCGACAUGUCCAACGAGCAUCAGAUCGUUUGUAGGACUCCCUCCGUGAAAAACGACGGGACGUACUACGUCCGUGUGACGGUGGACGGCACGCCGAUACCCGUCAACAAACACUGCCGGUACACGUACGACUGGAGGUGCCGCUUCACCUACAAAGGAGACAGGACGCCAACCAUUGCCAGUGUUAGCCCGACCUCCGCUCCUCCGGGGAGUUUUGUGACCGUGAGAGGGACAAUCUUUACCACCAGAUACGGCAGCAACGUUGCAACAUCUACUAACGGGAAAACCGCCACCAUCAAAAGGGUCUACUUUGGUGGACAGAAGUGCGAACUGCGAGACUUUGAAGCCGACGCAAUGUAUGGCAUUGAGCUGGACAAUAAUGGGAAGUCGAACAAUGGUUGGUUCAAGUGCAAGUUGGAGGGGACCUACGUAGGAAACGUCAACGCAAGCUUCAUUCUUGAUGAGGACUAUGGAAGGUCGUUUGCAAAUGGUAACACCAAGCGAGCAAGCGUGGUUGGAGACGACGUCAGCGACAAAAAUCUCUUCAUGUUCCAGACAUACGCCGAGGUUCUCGGAGUCAGCCCGGCCACAGGCAGUCUUGCCGGCGGCACACGGCUCACCAUCACCGGCAGGUUCUUUGACGACACCGACGCCCCACCCGAGGUCUAUGUCGGAGAAACGCCGUGUGCUGUACAGAGUAUGACAGACACCACCAUAGAGUGUAUCACACAGGCUGCUCCGGAUCUGUCCUCUCCCUCAUGGCCCGGGAAUCGCGGGAUGCAGUUCGAGCAGUGGAACAACACAGUUAUUUACUGGAGCGGCAUCCCGGGUGUAACGGACUAUACCUCCUCUAGGAGCGGAUACUGGACCAAGUGGAUCUCCGACUUUGAAUUCUGGGAUACUCACGACCAGGAAAAUUUUGUGACCAGAGCUUCGGGUUAUUUCGUACCACCGGAAGACGGCUGGUACCGAUUCUACAUCCGCAGUGACGACCAAAGUAUUCUGUACAUGAGCAUGAACGCAAACAAGGAAAACAAGACUAGGAUAGCCUACUGUGAUCGCUACCGUCCUGGAUGGUUCAAUUCUAAGUCGCAGAAGUCUGAGAAAAUGUGGCUAGAGAAGGGGAAAAGCUAUUACAUGGAGUCAGCACAAGCUGAGCAAGUAGGAGGUGCCUUUUACCAAGUGGCGGUGCGAAAGUAUAAAACUCAGUACACGUCCAAACAGACUGCUUCUGCUUGGAUGGCGCAGCAGAGGCUGGCAACGUCGGUGGCAGUUCGCCGAGAAAAACAGCGUGUGACGCUGGGCAACUGGGGUACGGUUACGCCAGUGAAGCAGGUUCAGACCAUCACCUUCGUCGGCACAUCUUUCCAGUUCAAACUGGGGUUGGAUGGCGCUUCCACAGGUCUAAUCUCCAGUGCAAGUGACGUCCCUACCGCCGUGAAAACAGGGCUGAACAAACUCAUGUCACUUCAGUCGGAUCCUGUCGAGGUCAGCAGGAGUAACACAGCGGACGGGUUCGAGCUUGCCGUGGAGUUCCAGUCAGAUAGAGGAAACUUCCCCCUGAUUGAAGUGGAGAUCUCCGGGGGUAACGCCACAGUUGCCGUCACUACGGAGGGGGUACCAUCGCUGGACACCUUCACAUUAGAGAUGGACGGCGUGCCAUCUGAUCCCAUUGCCUCCGAUGCUAGCGCGGAAGAUGUGAAAGAUGCAGUGCUGUCCACACUUAGUUCCCGCUGCCCUGACGACAUCGUGGCUCCGAGUAGGAGUAUCAAAGGCUUCCUCCAAGACUACGAGGGAGACCUCUCAUACUCCCUGCACGGGCAGAAAGUCACCGACGUGGAGGCGUUCUGUGGCCGGGCGUCGGAGAAGAACCCAAUCUACCUCUUCAGAGAAAACUUCGGUGUUGGGCAAAUCCGUAUGGAUAUGUACCGGAAGACAUGCUUCGCAUACAAGGGGACGUUGGGCCUGAGUGACAAAAUCUGGGUGACAUUCACCUUCACCGACAGUAGCCGCAACCAGCAACAGAAGAAUAGGCACUACGCAGUAGGACUGCUGAAUGAUGGGGCGUGGCACUACAUCUGUGUAGAUCUGUACAGCCUGGUGUCCAGUGAUGAGGUUACACAGGGCGGUAGGAGCUUCAUGCUGAAGGAGUUCGGCAUUGUGUGGGAGAACCAGGGAUCCGCUGUGUACCAGGACUCGGUCUUCAUCGGGAGGGUCAAUACGGUGGACAACCCAGAAGAAAUCACGGGCCUGAGAGUUCCGUCGGCCAGGCUCAACGGGAUGAGCAUCACGGACGUGUUAGUGGAGAAGGAAGAAAAUUCAACCUCCUACGACAUCACCUUCGUGCCGCAUGGGUGUGACCAUGGUUUCCCGCUUCUGAGUGUCAGGUCUGCCCAGGUGUCCUCUGAUACCAUCAACGGCACAGUGUACGCGUAUCCAUCCACUAGCUCAGAGGUCACAGUGAAACGCCUGUCCGCGGCCACCCCGCCCAUAGGGGGGACGUUUGACGUGUGGUUCAAGGAUAAUCUCGUUCCAAACGUUCCCUCCGCCGUCUCAGCUUCUGCAUUUAAGAAUCUUCUGGAGCAGGUCGGUGGUACUGGAAAACUGACGCUGUCACGGCAGGGCUCGUGUUCCGGGUACACAUGGACCAUAGACUGGACCACUGUCGGUGGGGACCAACCCAAAUUACAGGUGAACACAAGUGGGCUAACCGGGGAAGACGCGUCUGCGACCGUCACGGAGACCAGAGAGGGUGGGCUCUUCAUCUCACCCAUCACAGGAGACUAUCUCCGAACGGUACACGACAAGCCGCAGGUACAGGUGACCAUUAACGGCGUUCCGUCAGCCUGUGCGGGAAACUGUUCGUUCGAAUGGAGGGCCGAGAACACGCCUAGUGUAACCGGUGUCACACCGUCAGAAGGUUCUCUUCAUGCUGGGACUUCAAUCACCAUUUCCGGGAGAGGAUUUCUGCCCACCACGGACAACAACACGGUCACGAUCGGCGGGGUCGCCUGUGAGAUCACGGCGGCUGCUGAAGACGAGAUCUCGUGUGACGUGCAGGAGAACUCGGGCGGAAGUCACGUGGUCACCGUGGUGGUGGAUGGGAAGGGCUUGGCCAGUCACUCCAAUGGGACCUUCAUGUUCACGUACACAGCUGACAUUUCGAGUAUCAGCCCAACUUCGGGGAGCCCUGGUGGAGGUAUGCAGUUGACCAUCAGUGGCCAUGGCUUUGGACAAGACUACGUACCCUAUGUGGGAGGUCGGCCAUGUGCUGUGGUAGACAUCACUUACACAGACAUCACCUGCACCACUCCGUCUGCCUCUUCACCAGGCAAUGCCACAGUCACAGUUUACCAGGGUGCUAACCAAACCCUUACCAGUCCGACAAACUUUGAGUACGACGCCUCCUUAACUCCAACGAUCAUCUCGCUGAGCUCCAACGUUGCCACUGUAAACGGAGGCGACGUCGUUGUGAUCUCAGGGUCCAAUUUCGGGUCGGUGGCUUCAUCCGAUGACGCUGUGAAAAUAGGAGACACCGCGGCAGAGAUUCUGUCCUACAGCGAUACAGAAGUCAACAUCAGCCUUCCCGCUCUAGGUCCCGGAUCGUAUCCCGUCAGGCUGUUCGUCAAUGGCAGCGGCUUUGCCGAUGUCAAGACGCACAAUAUUACAAGCAUUCGGUAUGCACUCAAGGUCACCAACGUCGUCCCAAGGUCAGGGUCCUUCCUAGGAGGUACCCGCGUCAUCAUCGCUGGGGAGGGCUUCAGUACUGACAACACGACCGUGACGAUUGGUGACGUGAGCUGUGACGUCACAUCCGUUACCUACACCCGCAUCAAGUGCGUCACUGCCUCGGUGGCAAAAGUGCAUCAAGUCGACAACAUGGGGUCACAUCCAACUUAUGGUCGAGGGUAUGCCUGGAGCAGUACGCCGUUGGACAUACAUCCUGGGGAUACAGUACGCUGGCGAUGGAACACGCCCGGUUCUGCCACAGGAGUGGGUUACCUGGUGCAGCAGACGGCCAGCGCAAGCGACACUGACUACGAUGGACACGGAUUCAGGAGCGGAACUGUGAAAACACGAUCAGGUGUGUUCGAGCACGUCUUUACCAAGGAAGGUCUGUACUUCUACUCCAGCGGACCCGUGGACAGGAAUGGUAAUCUUAAGAUGAAGGGAGUCGUUAAUGUGAAACCACAUCCAGGCAGUGUUCAACAGCUAAGUGUGUCUGUCAACGGACACGAGGCGGAAUACGACGUCAACUCAGGUGUUGCUGACCCGGUAGAUGGUAACGCGUGUGCAGGUGAGACAAGUAAAAUAUCAGGAUGCACAUCUCCAGCUCUAUCGACGCCUUCAGGUGAUGACGAGUUCUACUUCUCAUUCGAUCCUUGUUACACCCCUGAGAUCACCUCCAUCAGCCCCAUAUCGGGAACCAUGGAUGACGUCAUCACUGUUAACGCGUCAGGACUUGGAUCAGACAGCUGUAUGAACGAGGUGACGGUGGCAGGGUUCCCGUGUACGUGUCAGCUGGACACCGCGGACUCCAUGUCCUGUACCAUCGACCCGCAGGACGCCAUGCCUGUCGCUACUUACAACCUUGUGGAGCUGAAGGUCAACAACAGAGGAAAGGCUCUGAACACGCUGCCGACCGUGGAGGAGAGAGGAUACGUUCUCCUGCCAAACAUCGACUCCAUCUCGCCUGAUGUGGGUUCCAUGGUAGGCGGCACCUUACUCACCAUCACGGGGUCCGGUUUCACCUCCUCCGGUAUAGAGGCGUCUGAUAUUGACAUCAGGGUCGGCGCGCUGAAAUGCCCCAUCACCGAACACACGUACAACCAGAUCGUCUGUGAAACAGCGCCUAUCAGUCAAAACAAACGGUCGGCAAGCAGCAACAUCGAGAGGGACAUCAGUAUCACUAUGUCUACUGGUGGUGGACCAGUAAACUUCGCCUGCUCAUCGAACUGUAGUUAUACCUACUCCGAGUCUGCCACGCCAAGAGUUACAGAUGUCCAGCCUACUGACGUGUCAGGAGCUGUCACUCAACUGGCCAUCAACGGGUCCCUCUUCGGAACCGAUCCUUCCAAGGUCUCGGUUUCUGUUGAUGGAGAUGACGUCAUGUGUAACAUCACCACCAUUACCGAUGACUACAUCGAAUGUGACCUUGGACCUGUGAGAGUUGGAGUCAAGUCGUUCUCCGUACACGUACAAGGCAAGGGGAAAGCAGAUUCUUCUGUGACGUCAGUAGAAAGUUUGGCCACUAUCGACGACGUGACUCCGUCGGAGGGCAGCAUCAACGGUGGGAACACGGUAACCAUAACAGGAAACGGAUUCGUGGCCGGCAACACGGUUGUUCUGAUUGAUGGAGAGUCAUGUGACAUACGUAACAUCACGCGUCUUCAGAUCGACUGUGUAGCGCCUGCUGGGGUGGAGGGAGAGGUCCUGCUGCGUGUGACGUCAGACGGUGUCCAGUACCCACAACAACAGUACAACCACUCCAUAGAUCACACUGCCGAGGUUGUUGGAGUGUCACCGUCAGCGGGAAAAACCGGGGAUACCAUAACUAUUACCGGAAGUAGAUUCGGUAACGUUCCUGGUGACGUCACGGUCACUAUUGACGGCGUGGAAUGCAGCAUAACGACCUUCUCGAGUACAUCGAUUGAGUGCACGGUUGGUCACCACUCAGCUGGUACUUAUGAAGUUGUGGUGUUCCUGAGCGGAAAAGGUCUAGCUACGUCAUCUCUGGAGUUCGAGUAUCAGCUGUCUGUAACCUCCAUCUCUCCUUCGGAAGGAAGCUUUGGUGGCGGUCAAGCUUUGACCAUAGUCGGGACAGGGUUUGAUACUGAACUGACCAGUGUCACCAUUUGUAACAAAACGUGCACUCCGACAUCACCACCCCAGCCAAGUCAGCUCAUCUGUGAAAUACCCGCAAAUGAAGAUGUAUCGUCUUCAACGUUGGCCUGCGAUGUGUUGGUGUCUGUCGGAGCCGAGCGUGUCCAACAGAACGCCGCCUACACCUACAGGAGCAGCUUGACUCCGACCAUCACCGAGGUGUCCCCCAGGCGCGGCGGGACUGCCGGCGGUACAACGGUCACCAUCACGGGGACGGGCUUCGGGGCGACGACUGCUGACAAUACUGUGACAAUUGCCGGAAGUGACUGCAUCAUCCAAUCAGCAUCUACCACACAGAUCGUUUGUGUGACAGAAGCUCAUCAAGGGUCGGCUAAAACCAAAGUCAGGGUUGCCGUUAACGCUCAAGGAAUCGCAACACAGGAUAAUGCAGACUACUGGUACAUCGACCGCUGGUCCUCCGUGUUUACGUGGGGAGGGGGGCCUCUCCCAGAGGCGGGAGAUUUCGUCGUCGUCCCGGCGGGACAGACGUUGCUGCUAGACACGGACACACCUGUCCUGAAAAUGCUGCUGAUAGAAGGUGGUGAGCUGAUAUUUGAUGAGCAGGAUGUGGAGCUUCAGGCUGAGAACAUCCUCAUCACGGGUGGUGGACUUCUACAGGUUGGUACAGAGGAGGAGCCGUUCCAACAUAAGGCCAUCAUCACCAUGCACGGUCACGUCAGGUCGCCUGAACUGCCGCUGUACGGGGCCAAGACACUGGCUGUGAGGGAGGGCACGCUGGAUCUACACGGGAAGCCCACGCCCGUCACCUGGACGUUCCUAGCGGUGAGCGUGUCUCCAGGUGACACCACCUUGACGUUGACUCAGUCCGUCAACUGGGAAGUAGGUGACCAGAUUGUCCUGGCCACUACUGGACACAGGCAUACACAGAGGCAAAACGAGGUAAGGAUGAUUGCUUCAGUGUCAAGUGACGGCACGACAGUAACGAUCACCGAGGGGCUGCAGUACCGGCACAUCUCGGCAGUCACGACGUAUCCUGACGCAGGCGUCACCUUGGAGACCCGUUGUGAGGUCGGGUUACUGACCCAUAACGUCGUCGUCCGUGGAUCAAACCAUGCGGAGUGGAACGACAUCAUCCCAAACUGUCCCGCAGGUUUUGAUACAGGGGAAUUUGCCACCCAGACCUGUUUCCAGGGUCGGUUCGGUGAGGAGGUAGGGACAGACGAGUUCGGCUCACAGAUCAUGCUGCACGGGCGAGAAAUGGACAAGGACCUGGCACGGGGCAGACUUUCGCACAUAGAGGUCACUCAUGCAGGGCAGGCAUAUCGCCAUGGCAGAUAUGCCAUUCACUUCCACAUCAAUGGCAAUAUGAACGGUUCGUACGUCCGGGGCUGCUCCAUCCACAAGAGCUUCAACCGAGCUGUGAAUGUCCACAACGUCCACGAACUCCUGAUCGAACGCAAUGUCUUCUACAACAUCAUGGGAGGCGCCAUGUUUCUGGAGGAUGGUAUUGAGACUGGGAACGUCUUCCAGUAUAACCUGGGCGUCUUCGUCAAGUCAAGUACGAGUCUGCUGAAUGACGACAUCACCCCAGCUGCAUACUGGGUAACCAACCCGAACAACAUCCUCCGGCACAACCACGCGGCAGGCGGCACGCACUUCGGCUUCUGGUACCGCAUGCACUCACAUCCCGACGGCCCGUCCUUCGAUCGCAACAUCUGCCCUGACAAGGUUCCAGUCGGGGAGUUCUACAACAACACCGUCCAUUCCCAGGGAUGGUUUGGUAUCUGGAUCUUCCAGAACUACUUCCCGACUGAAAAUGGAGCCUGCAGCGGGAGACCUGUGCCCGCCAAGUUCUACAAGCUGAUCUCUUGGAACAACGAGAAGGGAGCGGAGUGGGUCAACUGUGGCGCCAUCCAGUUCAUCGACUUCGUGAUGGCCAACAACGAGAAGGCAGGGAUCGAGAUGAAGAUGGUGGGCGGGACGGAGUGGGGAGAGGAGCGGGGAGCUCUGAUCAAGGACGGCUUCAUGAUAGGACACGUGGACGCCCUGGCUGAAACAGGAAACACACAGUGCACGUCAGCCGGUAUUAUACUGCCACUGAGCAACAAGCAGACUGUCGACGGAACCGAUUUCAUCAACUUUGAUCGCGGCAGCUGCGCAUGUUUUGCCUGGGCCAAAAUAGAUGGUACGAGUGGAGACAACAAUGGAGGAUGGCACUACCGCACGAACCGUCUCCUGUUCCACAACGCCGCUUCAAACAAAGUUCGCUUCAGGUGGGAGCACGAGGCAGUGCUGUAUGACAUGGACGGGUCUCUCAUGGGUACUGCUGACGGCAAGGUAACACCAUACAACCCUGCACUCCCACCGGAGUGUGUCCAGGACAGUGCCUUCAGCAUAGGCCAUCCUGGAACAAAGUGUGACCCAACCGUCAACUUCAUCCGCUUUUCCUGGAACAAUGCCUCCCCGCAUUCCCUGAAGUACAAAAAUGUCUUGUUUUCAUCCCCGUAUGGAACUACUGUCGUCCCUUACAGGAGAAAACGCAUGACUCACAAGGAAGGUUGGAUGGCGUUGCUACAGACUGGAUUAGCUCACAACAUGGUUUACGAGAACGUUGAUCAUGUGACCAACAUAUCGUACACUGGGAUCUUCUAUCAGCUACCGAGCGAUCAGUAUUUGACCAUUUAUCACAACUUCACGCAAAAGCCGGACAAGUUUGCCAUCAUACCUGGACAAGACACCGAUGGGUCCUUAAACCCGGUCACAUACGAAGACAAUCAGUAUGGCGACUGGUAUUUUGACGUCAACACUAAAUUCUUCUACUAUCUUAUUUCCGGAAAGAGGUCAUCAGCGCGGAAGAAGCGCGCCGUGCCAACGUCGUACAUCAACCGGCCUGUGCAACUCCGAGUCUAUCGGUGCUUCUUCAAGGACUGUAUCCCUCCGCCCCCGCCGCCUCCAUCCAACAACUCGGCAUCCGUUGAUAUUCACAUUGCCAGGGAACGUCCAGCGACCUUCCAGCGGUGGUCAGAUGCGGCUACGUGGGAGGGCACGGAAGAGGGGUGGGGCGGUAACUUCGGCGGUGACCGGAAGAAGCGAACGGUCUACGGAGCACCAGGGGAAGGCGCUAAUGUGAAGAUUCUCGCUGAUAAAUGGAUAGUGGUAGAUGUUGAGGAGCUGUCCCUGAAUAAACUCUUCAUCUACGGUGCUCUGGAGUUCGACGAUGGGCCCGACAAGAGCUACACCCUGAAGGCUACUCAGAUUCUAGUGCAGGGUGGUCGUUUUAUCAUCGGAUGGGAGGACAACCCGUUCCAGGGAAUAAUCAACCUUGUGUUGAAGGGAAACCAUUUCACUCCCGACAUACCGCUGCCGAAUGGACCAAAUAUGGGAUCAAAGGCACUCGGCUGUUUUGGCGGUUGUGACAUCCAUGGUAAAAACCGUGUGGUGACCUUUACUCGACUGGCCCAGACCGGUAACGUCGGUGACAGUACCAUCACCCUAGUGAAGGCAGUGGACUGGGUGGUGGGCGACGACAUCGCCAUAACAACGACCUCCUUUGACAUCUGGCAGACAGAAACGUUCAAGAUUACCGGCGUAUCAGAGGACACGAAAACGAUCACAUUGAACGGGACCCUUGCCUACAAGCAUCUUGGUGAAACUUUGACAUUGGCUGAUGGCCAGACUAUCAACAUGGCGGCUGAGGUAGCUCUUCUCACCAGAAAUGUCAAAAUUAUCGGCGAAGACUACGACGAACUGUUCGGAGAGUCCUUUGGAGCAAGAGUCAUCGUCGGGACGUUCUUUCAAGAUGGCGACCAAUACCUAGGCUAUGGUAGAUUCGAAAACGUCGAGUUCUACCACACCGGUCAGGAGGGUUGGAUUGACUUCUAUGAUCCUCGCUACUCCCUGGCGUUCCUCGACGUGGGAGAAAUCUUGGAUGACUACACGGAAUCUUACAUCAGGAAGAACACGUUCCACAGUGGCUUCUCGCCCGCCAUUGGUGUGUUUGGGACCCAGAAUCUGAACAUAGAGGACAACGUCAUUCACCACACUGUUGGGCAAGCUAUGCGUGUCUGGGGUGUCGACAACAAGCUUCGUCGCAACCUGGUGAGCCUGAUCAUCUGGCCUGGCGGAUACCAGGACAGGAACGAACCGGAGAACGUUGACUGGACGGCCGCCAUCGAGGUGUUCGAGGCCACCAGUAUCGUCCUGGACGGGAACGUUGUGGCGGGCUCGGACAGAGUUGGCUUCCAUGUCGAUGGAGAAGCGUGCAGUGGGGGCGCAGCGGAAGCUUGGACCAACAACGUUGCGCACUCCUGUAUGGUCGGAGUCUCAGUUUUCCCAGGAGACGGUAUCAACCCAUGCACCAGAAUCUCCAACUUCACCGUCUGGAAGAACCAUGACUACGGCAUCUACUUCCAGGCUGGUGUAACCGAUGUUGUCGUCGAGAACCUCCUAGCUGCUGACAACCAGGUCAAUAUCUUCACCAUGCUGUUCGGACCAGGCUCCACUAGCCACCGUGCCGUAGCCAAAAGCAUGACCAUCCGGAACUCGCACGUGGUCGGCACGACUCCCUUCUUCGACUGCAGCACUGACGUCACCCCUCGCGACACCAACUACGAAAUUGGCAUAAAUUCACGGAGCUGGUCGAGACCAGGAGGCGGGAAGGUUGGCAUCAGUCUGCCGCUGUUCUCAAGCGGUUCCAACAAUGCUCGCGUCAAGCCUUUCAACGGGGAAAUGUCAUAUUCCGCACUGUAUGGAACCCUGUACAUCAGAGAUGUGGCAUUUUCAAAGUUCGGCCCCUCAUGUGCUGGCGAGGACGUAGUGCUGAUGACCAACCCCAAACAGGAGGACGCCGGGCAUCCCACAAAGCUUAGCGGCAUCACUCUAUAUGAAGUUGGUGAAAAGAACAAGGUCUUCUUCCUUCGACCAUCCCUUGGUAAAAUCAACCCAGCCGACUGUGUGGACAUGGAGUGUGACGCCAAAAAGGAGACGCUGAUCGAUGACGAGGACGGAUCCUUCCUGGGUUCGGUGGGCACGGUGAUCCCCGAGGCGGAGUUCGAGUGGGACGGCGACCGCAGGAGGGGGCUGGGAGACUACCGCAUCCCGAAAAUGAUGCUGACGGACACGCAGGGUCGCAGGCUCGACAUCAACGUCGUUGCGCCAAAGAAAGGCAUAGUUCGAGAUGGCAGCUGCACGUACAAGUCCGACUGGCAGGGUUGGGAGUGUCACGACAUCGACUACGAGAUGCUGAUCAUCGAAAGCAUGGACGCAGACACGGAGCUGCGGCGUCUGUCCCCAGUGGCCCUGCACACGGGACAGUACGUAGAUCUUGUAAACGGCCCUCAGGACCAUGGCUGGUGUGCAGGCUAUACAUGUCAGAAGAGGAUCUCUACCUUUUGGACGGUCGUCGGUGUCGGUCUACACUACGAGAUAUACUUUACAGGCACAAGUCCUCAGAAGCUGCGUCUUCACCUGCUGAACGCCAGACCUGACCAGUCCAUGCGGCUGGGAAUCUUCUAUGCAAACCCGCAACGUUUGGACAUCUAUGCUGGUGGAAGAUACAUCAUGCCCGAAAACGGUGCCUAUAACGACGCCGGGCAGCUUAUCCUUCUGGAGCCAGAAACAGACGGCCAGUAUUACCCUGCCAUCGAUGGUACCAGUGGGGCAAACUUCUUCGACAGACCCUGGCAGAGGCUGUACGUUACCAUCAAGGGGAAUGAACCGAUAGACAUUAAGACCACACCUGUUCUUCAUGUCACAUUUGGAGUGCCUGCUGUCACAGUGGACGACUUCUUCGAGGUGAACUUGCGCGCCAACCUUGCCGCAUACCUGAACAUCCCCGCCUCCAAAAUCCGCGUGGUGAACGUCGUCAGGGAGGACAGUAAAAGGAAGAAGAGAACUGGAACCACAAAUGUUGAAGUGGAAAUCACCGAACCCCCAGCGAAUGACACCAGCGUUGCAGAGGAGACGGAGGAAGAGGCCCGGACUGGACUGGAGGUUGCCGCCUCGGCCAUCGUGGAUUCCACACAGCUUGGAACCCUCGGUGACGAAAUCGGAAUUCAAAUCACCACGUUGGAGAUCGUGGAGCCUCUGCCACAGCCCAACUCUACCGCGUGGGAGGAAGUCGUGCAGGAAGAUCCUCAGACAUCCUCUCAGGCCGUGGCCGUUCAAAUUCCGUCCAGAAUGGAGCUGCACACACAACCAGAGCCACUGCAUGAGGGAUCUGAGUUCCCCGUCCAACCAAAGCUUCAAGUGUUUGAUGGCUCGGGCAAUGUGGUGAUGAAGCUUGGCACAGUGGCGUCCCCAUGGGAGGUCAAGGCCACCGUUCGCACCGGAAGCGGAAGUGACUCUCGUGCCCAGAUCAUCGGAGACAAUGCUGUCUUCAAGGACGGCUGGGCCAACUUCACCAACCUGGCCAUCUCUCACAGUGGACAGGGAUACAUCAUCGAUUUUAUCAUCGUCAAACCACAAAAUGCAUCGAACUUCCGAGCAGCAUCCAACGCAAUUGAGGUGACGAGCCGUCCCCUGUCCGGUAAGGUCUACCCAAUCACAGGGAACCUGACGGUGAACGAGCCAUUCACAAUAUCUGUGGGCAUCACUGACACCGUCAGUGGAAUGGAAAUAGACGACAUCGCAUGGAAGGGGCAUACCUGGACAUGCAGUGUUCAACUCUACAAGCCCUUCCCUCAAAAUGGUGACCUGGCCGGAAGCACUACAGUCAACUUUGACCCCAUCACCGGACGUGCCACCUUUACGUCUCUGACCGUGAACCAACUCAGUCAAUACUACUUCAAGUUCAACAUCAGAAGCUCCCCCAGCGGCUACGACGUCAUGGUCGAGUCUGAACCAAUCACAUUCUGGCCUGCAGAUUACGUCACACCUGUUGAGGAGGACUCUGCUCACGUGACCAUGAGGUUUAACGGUGACUAUCAGCAGGUGGCUGCUGGGAAGGAGGGGUACCUGGGAUCGGCUCUGUGGGUCCACAUCAUGGACACGUACACAGAGGUCACCGUAGGCAACUUCAGCUUCUCGGAAGGGAGCGUUGUUGCAGAGUUCGACAUGAAGGGUACAACGAAUGGAGUCAACAACACCCUGGUUGGACUGUGGAAUGAAGUGAAGGAUGGUUUGACACUUACAGUAGAUGGCAACACUCUGCAGGCCCAGGCCUCCAUGUUAGUUGACGGCCAGGACUAUUACGGCAUGGACGGAGCACCACCGGCUGCUCCAUCGGCCGCCUUCCCCAUCGGUGCGAUAAUUGGUGUAGUCGUUGUCGUCAUUGUCGUGGCUGCUCUCAUCGGUGGCUUCUUCUUCCUCAAGAAGAAAAAGCAAGAAUCUCGCUCCAAAACCGUGCCCUUGAACGAAGAUCCGGUUGAGAAACCUGGUUCUUCUGGUGAGUUGGAAUCCGGUCUUGGCUCAGACAACGGCUCUUACAUAGAGAGCAUUGCGAUGGAAGAGCCCGAAAACCCGGCAGUUCCAGUAGAACUGCCACCGCUCAAGGUCGGACCGAACAGCAACCCUCGGGAGUUUGGCAGGGGUGACCGUGAGGUGCUGCCGCCCAUACAAAACCCGCCGGUGUCCAGGCCCUCAUCGGCGGCGUCUCUGCGUCCGUCCUCGGCGGCAUCUCUGCGUCCAAGCACCGCCGGUAGCCUGCAGACGUCCCGCCCGGGUACCGCCCGCUCCGGCAUGCCUGCGGUGGACGUCACUGGGACACGGACUACUGCCUUCACUCUGCCUGGUGCCACUCCAAGGGGAUCGGUCGAUCUGGGAUAUGGGGACGGACGGGUCCCAGUGGAGAUCAUCGCUAAGGGCCAUGACUCACGAUUCGUCAAAGUCGGUCUGCAUGCAGUCAACAAGGCAGGAUCAUUGGAGGAGCUGCGCAAUGAGCUUCAGCAGGCCUUCCCCAGGCUGAGGACCGGCCACUUCCUGUUCCUGAACGGGACCAUGACGGAUGUGAUGCCACAGGCCCGGGAGGAGUACACCGAUGUGAAGGACAUGGGAGACGGGCCCAUUCUCCUCAAGCUGUACUGAAGAUUGUCCGGCUUCACAGAUGACAACGAUCAUUGAAGUAUAGUAAUCCAAUGAACAUGCCUUAGGUCAUGUCUCAUUGAUGACAUCCAGAUACAACUAUUUUUGAUUGCUGAAAUCAGCACAUUUUAUAUGACUGAAAUACAUGAGAAGUAUUUUUACAUUAAGAGUCUUAGAACGUGAAUCCAUGUUCAAGCACAACAAACAAAAACCGUCCAGGAGAUUACCGUUUUUUUGCGAUAUUUUUGUGUUUAAGAUAAACAUCAAGAUUUAAGUUGCAUCAAAUCACAAUCAUGCAAGUAAGAUCACAAACAUGCAAAUGAGAACAUUUACGAGUUCCUAUGCCAUUCAGAGAGGCUCGUAAACAAAGUAUUUUAGGUUUUCUUUGUGUGCGACUAUAUAUAACGUAAUAUUUGUCGAUGACAUGAUAUUCUUUUGUGAUGGCAUGGAUUGCCUUUGUGUGCUUUUAUCAUUUGUACUUAAGGCCAAAUUUUGGCGUUCAUAUGCUAUGAGCACUUUUUGCAUUAUGUAUUCCACCAAUAGGUAUACAAAUAUACUUAACUACGUUGAUAGAUAAUAAGAAAUCGGUUCAUGGUUUUAGUUUUGUAGUAUUUUACUACUGUUAUUUGUAUUUUAUAUAGCGUAGCAACAUAUUAAAUAGAAUUUUAUCAUCUUUUAACAUAAUACGUUCCCUGGAGUAUAUAUAAACGUACAUGUUCUCUACCUAUAUGCCGUGGUCAGAAACAAUUUAAAUCGAGUCGAUAAAUUCCAAGUCUGUAUAUUUCAUACUUAUAUAGUAUUGCGUAUUCCUUACUAUAAAGGAAACGACUCUUUCUUACGCUAGCAGUACAUAUAAAAGAGGAUCUGUAAAUUGUGUGCCAUAACUAUUUUGCAUGAAGUAGAAUGUUUUGGUGUUCUUUAUGGACUGUUUCGAAUAAAGAACUGUGUUCUGUUUA